CAAGCCGUCGCUGCCGGGUUCAAUCCAUGCAAUCUGUGGUUGGCUGUGAAGCAGGAAGUGCGGCAUGGUUGGUCCAGGUGGAUGAUCGGAGGGUGUUCAUUGGCUGCUUGUCUCCUUGCGAAGGAGUGUUUAGGCCGCGAACCGAGCCUCAGGUUGUCAGAGCUGGGAAAGAGCUCGGUUCGGGGAGGCUGGAGGAUGGCAGGCAGGGGUCUGUACGGUGCGCUUCUCUUCUGCUGCAUCAUUGUAUCCGUCCUACUGGGAGCCAAAGGGUCUGGUGUUGGUGAGUGUCAUUAUCCACGGAGUGUGAGUGGCAGUAUAUCCAUGGAGUGUGGUAUAGGAAAACAUAACGAACGUAAGUGACAGUAAUGCAAAUCAGGCAGCAUGAGUGAUAGAAACCUGAGGCCAGACCUCUGAGUGACAGCAGCCAAGGAGUGAGAGUGAAUAACAAAAAUGUAAGGCAGUAAGGAUGAGUGAUUGCAACCAAGAAAUGUGAUUGACAGCAGUAUGAGGCAGGAAGGGUGAGUGACAGCAAUGUGAGGCAGGAAGGAUAAGUCACAGCUUGCAAGGUGUGUGAGUGACAGGUGCAAGGCACGUAGGAUAAGUGACAGCUUGCAAGGUGUGUGAGUGACAGAAGUGUAAAGCAGGAAGUGUGAGUGACAGCUUGCAAGGAGUGUGUGACAGCAGUGGGGGGCAGGAAGGAUGAGUGAAAGCUUGCAAGGUGUGUGUGACAGCAGUGGGGGCAGGAAGGAUGAGUGACAGCUUGCAAGGUGUGUGAGUGACAGCAGUGGGGGGCAGGAAGGAUGAGUGACAGCUUGCAAGGUGAGUGAGUGACAGCAGUGGGGGGCAGGAAGGAUGAGUGACAGCUUGCAAGGUGAGUGAGUGACAGCAGUGGGGGGCAGGAAGGAUGAGUGACAGCUUGCAAGGUGUGUGAGUGACAGCAGAGGCAGGAUAAGUGACAGCUUGCAAGUUGUGAGUGACAGCAGUGUAAGGCUGGGAUAAGUGACAGCUUGCAAUAAGUGUGAGUGACAGCAGUGUAAGGCAUGAAGGAUAAGUGACAGAUUGCAAGGAGUGUGAGGCAGGAAAGGUGAGUACUGGUUGCAAGGAAUGUAAGUGACAGCAGUGGGAGGCAGGAAGGAUAAGUCACAGCUUGCAAGGAGUGUGAAUGAGGAAGAGUGAGUGACAGCUUGCAAUGAGUGUGAUUGACAGGAGUGUGAGGCAGGGAGGGUGAGUGGUUUUCAAGGAAUUUGAUCGACAGCUGUGGGAGGCAGGCAGGCAGGAUGAGUGACAGCUUGCAAGGGGUGUGAAGGACAGGAGUGGGAGGCAGUAAGGGUGAGUAACGGUACUGUGAGACAGGGAGAUGCGAGCCAGCAGGCAAGAAGUGUGAAUGACAGCAAUGUGAUGCAGUGGGGAAUCAAGACCGCAGCCUAGGAGUGUGAGUGACAGAAACCAUCAAUGUGAAUGACAGCAAUGUUAGGUGGAGGGAUGACUGACACUGCAUUGCAAAAGAUGAGUGACGGCAAUAGGAGUGUAAAUGACAGAAAUGUGAUGCUUGAAUUGUGAGUUAUUGCUUCCUGGGAGACUGAUGACAAUGUGAGGAAAUGUGACAGCAGCUGGGAUAAUAUGGCCUUAGUUAUGUUUUUCUGAUAGCUAUAAUUUCCACAAUAGACCUGAGUAGUUAUACCCAGCCCUCUGUAGGAAAUAUGUUUGCUUAAACGAGAGAGAACUGUUGAAGAUACUGGACAAAGUAAUGGAAGAUAGUCAGAAAGUAAGGUGCUCACUGUCCGUGUACUGUGUGUCGUCGUCUGUUAUUUACAGGAACGACCUAGGUUGCAUAUAGUACAAAUCUGUAGUUAACCAUUAUUCCUAUUAUAAACAGAGAUUAAUUUUAAACUAGUUAUCCAAAAGAAAACUCAUUCUUUUUAUAAUCUCAUUUUGUUACAGUACAACUUUUUAUCACAUUUAAAAGGGUGAAAUGUCUUUAAAGGUUUAAUAUAUUUUUUUUUUUUUUCUCCUAGAUGUUGAUGGGGACGAUGAGGAGACUCCGGUGAGUUCCCCGUUAGAUUAAUUCUGUAUAUUCUGUGUGCAUGCCGUCACGACAACUUUAGAAAUAUUAUGAGAUAUAAAAUUAGAAUCCUUCAAAAAUCAAACUAUGCUGCAGACUGCUUUGAAAAAUCAGUGUUCGGAAGUGGCGCAAACUAAGGAACAAAGUGAACAUUUAAAUACAUGUAAGAAACAUAGACCUUGUUGCUUCAUGGCUCGGGGGACAGACUUCCUCUUUAGUUUUUCAUUCGCUUAUUCAAGCAGAUCCUAUUAUUUUUAAUGUAAAGGCACUGGUUUCACAAUGCCCUAAUCACCUGCUUCUUGUUCAAUCUUAUGUAUGCAUUGUUUAAAGCGUUAAUUUCAAUGUCAAUGACUGCAGUUUAUUACCAUGUAAGUCAACCGUGAGCAAAUAGUAUAUGUGUGUGUGUGUGUGUGUGUAUGUGUAUAUAUGCAAGUCUCAAAGGAGGUUACUUUUGUGAAGUUCCUCGUAAAAUAGAGAACCUUAAUAAAACAGUAGCUCCAUAGUAUGACAAUAAAGAACCUAUAACUUGUAUAAUACAACAUCAGUUUUGUGUUGUGCUGUACAUUUUAUCUAAUCAGAAGAUCAGCACAUGCAUAGAUCAUGAUUUGACACGAAAAAUGCGUCACCAGAUUUCUGGUACUGAUGUGCGACCGCCAGAAAACUGUCAAGGCUGCAGCCCAGAAUGAUGCACAAGCUAUGUAUUUUGAGCUUUUAACCAUGCAACCCAAAUGCCAUGUGUAUCACUUGCUAAUUGUGAAGCACAUUGCAUGAAUUGCAUAUAUACCAUCUUGAAGCUAGCUUUAUUGUGAGUAACACUGUUCUUUUAAAUGAAAAUUCAAUAAUGGAAAUAUACGAGUAUGAUACUAAAGUAUGAAGACCCUUGGUAAAUCCAGUAAUGCAUAACUAAGGUACAAAUGUGCAAUACAUACCACCCAAUGAAAUGGUAAAAAGCAAUGCAGAGAAAAUAUAAGGAGCAUUCUUUGGUGACUAGGUGAUAGAUCUAUUAUUGCACUUCAUGGAAACAAUGCUCCUCAGUUGGUAGUAAAACAUCUGUUUUGGUCAAAGGUUUCAGGUCCUGGAAUAUAUUGUGCUUAUUGUAUUUUUUUUUUUUCUUUUGUUUGGCUUUAUUAUAUUUAGUAAAAUUCUGAUUUUGUUUUGUAGUCUCUGUUCCAUAUCCCUGACAGAGAAGAGAAACGUUGGUGUGAACACAGGACGUUGAGUGCUUUGUGUUAUUGCCCUGAGAUUUAUUCUCCAUUUUAUUUAUUUUUGUUCAUAUUGCAUUUUUUGCUAUUCUUUUACAAUGUACGGAGAUAUGAUCAAAUGGUAUAUAUUAUUCUAUAUUGACAUUUUUACCAUUUAUAAUAUACAGGUCACAAUAUUUGCAUACAUUUUGGAAUAGCUGGUGUUGGAAUUACUUUGGUUCUAUCUUUUAUUUUAUUUUUUCUUUAAGAUUUCUGAACAUGCAGAGGAGCAAGAAGAUGAGUACCCUACAGGAGACGAGCUGAUUUUAGAUUCCCAACCGGUUAUCGAGCUUGAGGAGCCUGAAAAUGAUAAAGAUUCUGGGGUUAACAGUGAAACUUCAGAGGACAUCUCUCCUAUCACUACUGAACCUACAACAGAGCAAGAUGUCACCAUUGUAGAACCAGAGGAAAUGCAGCACAUCACCUUUCUGGACCACUUUCACAGUCCUGAGGGGGAGUCGGCACUUGGGUCUGAGGAUGGCACAGAACCAUGGCAGGGUGAAAGUGACACUAAGUCUACUGAAAUACAAAAUAAUGGUAAUUUUUUUUAUUUAUUUUUUUUACAUAGUUAUAAAAUUAUGGUUAUGGUGCCAGGAGACCACUUGGUUCUGGUAGAUUACUGGUGGGUGGUGCCUUUUAAGUCCUUUUACCAUAACCACUACAUUGUAAUGGAUAUGAUGCCUAGAGUGUCACUUUAAUGUUUUGAGAUAGAGAGAGAGAGAGAGAGAGAUAUAUAUAUAUAUAUAUAUAUAUAUAUAUAUAUCUAUCUAUAUCUCUCUCUAUUAUAACAUGAAAGUGGGUAGAGAUCUAUAGAUAGGCUGUGCAACUUUUCACUUAUUUUUGGAUGAGCAAUUGCACUCAUCACCAAGAACCUUUCCUUGUGAAACCCCCAGCUGUCAUAUCUGACUGUGCUGCGUCCCCUGGGUUGCCAGGUGUGUAAGGAGUUUCCUGUUCCCUGAUCAUCUCAUUGGCUCACGACAUAAUUUUAUGUAAACAGUGAAAAAUUUGUGGUGAGAGAUUGCUUUUGGAAGCCGAAACUGCUACUUGUUUCUUUAGAUGCAGGAGACAAGAUUUCAUACGUUCAAUUUGCCCUCGUGAUACUUAGUGUAAAAGUGAUUGAGUCCUAUUUUUAAUGUGCUAUAUUUUUUUUAUGGUAUAACUGUAAAUGUAUCAGUUCAACUAUUCACAUGUAAUUGAAUUGCAGCUUCCACAAUUGUCUGCUGUUCAGAGGCCUGCAGAGAUUUAAAGGUAUUGAAGUCCAGCAGCUUUGGGGGAGCAUUUCACCAGCACUGGUUUAGCACAUUUAUGGAAAACCCAACUGUUCAAAAGUUUUGUUCACGUGUAACCUAUACAACAUUUCAGCAUAUUGAAGAGUCUUAGUAAAGGCUCUUUAUCGGUGAGCCAAAACAUUGCUUAUAUAACAAAUUGCCCUUUUUAAAUACUACCUUUGUGACAGGUGCUGUCUGUAGACCACUAUAGAUGAAUUUUUCCGUGUUGGAUUUUGGAGCACAAAGGAGAGUUUUGUUGUGCGCUUUCUUUCUGUAUUUUAACCAAACAUGGAAUUGGGCACAGGAUAAUUAUCUUUGGCUUGCACGAUCUAUACAUACUAUUAACAGAUUAGCACAAUACUCUGUCAUGUUCUUCAUGACAAAGGUCUUUGUUUUGAGACUCUCCCUUGAUGUUAAUAAUAAUUUAGAUUUUUAUUUUUUCUCAUAGACUCAGACGUUAACAGCUCUUUGAGUAAACUUAACUGUGAACUACUAAUGUGACAAACAUUUGAAUAUAAUUUGUUAGUAAAGAGGAAAAAAAAAUUACUUGUCCAGGUAGAGAUAUGGGGCUGUAUGGUUUAAUAGCUCAAGCAGAAGUGUUUGUAGACUGACACUUGAUACACGUGGAAAUAUCCGACGCUGGAUGUCCUCAUGCAGAGCGUGUGGACGUCCAGGGUCAGAUACCGGACCAAAGGUCUGUUACAAUCCAGAAAGCACCCCAGUGUUUAACAUUGCAGCACUAAGUGCAAAAGGGACACUGCACCCAUACCACUUCAAUGAGCUGAAGUGGUCUGGGUGCCUAUAGUGACCCUUAAUUCUGCAGCGCAUUACAAUGUUCUUUAAAGGGCAGAUGAGACAAACUAGUAAAGAUUUUGACAGUAAUACUAGGUUGAUUAGAACUUGAACAAGUCUCAUCCAGCCUAAUAGAUCUUCUUGAUUGUCCUCCUUAUUAGUCAUACUGAAUCAUAUGUUUUAAAUAAUAAGCACACUUGAACGUCCUAUGCAUUGUAUGCUAACAUAUACUAGUGGUUUUCAGCAUGGAUGCCUCAAGCACCCUCAAAGUGUGCCAUCGACACAUUUUCAUGGCUGUACUAAAUUGAAUUCUGCCUUUAAAAUGUGUUGGUAUCUUCUCUAAAGAUACCAUCCAAACUUAGCAUUACCACCUGACAAUUGGUGAAAAUGAAUAAGUAAAUUUACCUAAAAAUAAAAAUAUAGAUCGCUCUAGUAGGACUUUAAGUAAAUUGUAGGUGACAUUUUAUAAGUUUCAGAUGAGAAAAUGUAUCAUCAAAGUAUGCCUUGGCCCAAGAAUGUGUACUGUAAACAGCAUGAAAUAUUUUUUUUUUUUUCUCUCUAUCUAUCUAUAUAUCAGCUUGGCACUCUCCUUGCAAAAGAGAAAAAACAAAAAUAGAUAAACAUAAAGACAGGGGUGCACUCACAGGUCUUAGAAAAAGUGGCAACUGGUUUAUUUGAAUGAAAAAAUCUUGAAAAAGUCCCUUAGGGGUCGAAACGUUAAAUAUUUUUUUUUUUUUUAUUUAUUUUUUUUUUCCACAGAUGUAUUGAAGAUUUUUUCAUUCAAAUAAACCAGUUGCCACUUUUUCUAAGACCUGUGAGUGCACCCCUGUAUGUGUAUGUAUGUGUGUGUGUGUGUGUAUGUGUGUAUAUAUAUAUAUAUCUCUAUAUAUAUAUAUAUAUAUAUAUAUAUAUAUAUAUAUAUAUAUCUCUAUAUCUCAUCUCUAUCUCUCCAUGGUCCUCCAUCCUAUGCCUGGGAAAUAAAGUGGGAUUGAAGCUAAAAGCUCAACCUUGUAGAUUAUUCAUGUGUUUCAGUUGUGUGCCAUCUCGUAAAUCUUGACUGUACUGUGUGCUAGAAGUUGUCAGGUGACAGCAAAUUUAAUUAACUUAUUUAAACAAUGGAGGUUUGAUACUGGUAUUUCCUGUGCAUGCAGACUACUGGAAACCAGUUUAGGCAGCAUACUGUUUGCUUUGUGUCAUGUGUAUAAAUGAAAAUGUUUGUGUUUUUUUUUUUUUCUCUAUAGUUUUCAAGUAGAAUUUUUUUAUAUAUAUAUAUAUAUAUAUAUAUAUAUAUAUAUAUUUUGAGGGCUUGAAUUCCCUUUAAAAGGGCUGCCAAUCCACUCCCACCUUAUCGUUGCUGGUCUGGCGAGUCUGAAACGUUUUACUUCCGGUUCAGAUCGCCAUCUUGGAUUUUCUUACCCGUUUUCCUCGUGGUCUCCUGGUCCGGUGCUUACCUGGCUCUCCUUCCUGUUGCAGGCAUCCGCACAGCCAGCUCGUUACCUUGCCGCCGCGAAAACACCGUAAGUCAGGCCCGCCGUAAAGCAACCGCCGCAAACUUCCUUGCUUUACACGGCGGAGCCCCGUUCGUUUGAAACCAGCGUUCGGUUCUUUUCCUUUUCAUACAUUAUGCCAUUCGGCUAAUUCCCUCAUCUACUCGCAUGUUUCAUUUUUUUCCUAAUCUAACGAACGCUAUCAUUCGGUUAUAUACAUAUAACAUCUUUCUGUUCGGUUUUCGAAUGUCACUUAGGAUGUAUCUAUUCGUAUGUUUCAACACUCUACCUAGUUCUUUCAGUAAUUACAACAAACUCACGAAUAAGCACAAAUUCAGCCAGUACUCUAUGGGGAUUCUGCCCCUACUGGUUACAAACGUUAUUACAGUCACUUAUAAAAUUCUACUAAAGUAAAUAUAAAUGUUUAAACCUGGAUGAUGUGUCCUGAUUUUCCUUACUUUUUCCCACAGGUUCAUACCAGGGGUUCGUACUAGGAAUUGUGAUUUCUGAUACUUGUAUCAAUUAUAUUUACUUCUAGGUUGGUUGGAAUUUAAUUAUACAUUCAAUUUUGAAGGCGAAUGAUACAGAUUAAAUAGUUAAGUGUGUAAUUUACUCUUUUAGGUCAUUAUACGUUGGACGGUAGCUUUUACAAGCACGGAAGCCGUCAUCAUCUUUUCGUUUAAAUCUACCCUCUGCAGAGCGUCGGGUAGGUUCUGGUUUUAGGGCCCACGAUCUGGCAAAAACUACAACCUUACAGUCAGACAUUUAUAUAUCAAAUCUCAUGUCCACAGGUCAACAUCUUGAUACUAUUACAGUUGCUGUUUACCUCUACAUUGACAGCUUGGCCUGACUAACAUAUCCGGUACUACGCCAGAACCCAUUACUUUCUAUGUUCUGAGUGGUACUGGUCCUAGGUUGCGUGACCCAAUUCAGUAUUAAACAUUUUCUGGUCUUAAUCCAUAGGCUAGUGGUCCCGCCUAUGCCAAAUCCUCAUACCCCUCGGGCCAAAUCAUAGCUAGCCGCCUCGCACUGUUGCAAAGAGAGGCCUCACCUGUCACUCCCAUUCUUUCUUAUGCUUUAAUUGACACUGAGAGGCCAACACCCCGCCACAACGUUCGUUGGCCUCAAUUUGCCCUCAGCCCACGCAUAGAUAGUGUCUCUAAGGCCGCUUGGCAACUAGCAGCAACUCAUCUGUUACGCUCACAAAGCAUAAUUUUUUUACCGGUAGCCACACCAGUACCCACCCAAAUUCAUAACAUAUGACUGAUAAAACAAAUUUUUAUAUUUUUCAGUUAUGUCACAAACUCCUGAUAUCCCUGAGGAACUUUCACUACCCAGCACACCCGCUAGGCCCCUGUGCCUGGUGCAGAUGUGAAUAGCCCUUCGUCCCUUAAAUCAUGGACCAUCCCACGUCUCACAGAUGAACUCAGAAGACGCUGCAUCCCUUUUCCAGCUACUGCUAGGAAGGCGGAGUUGUUUAGAUUACUGAACACUACCACCGACAACUCCGAGGCGGGGGAAGGCCCUAGUCGAACUCAAUUACCUGCUUUUCAUGCCAUGAUGACGUCUCUAAUGACAUCCAUUGGCACAAAAAGUGACAGGCUGGAUAAAUUGGAGGCUGGGGCUAAUCCGUCCACUACCAAUACUGCGGUCACCAGUCAUCCUCUCCUUAAUGCUAUGCCCAGUAAUUCCUUUGAAUCUAUGGCGGCUAUAGAAUCAAUUAAUCCCUCGCAUAUGUUCCCAUCUCACCUUUAAAAGGACAUUCUGGGAGGCAAGGACGUUAACCUGGUCUCAUUGCUCAUUGCCUCCCAGGAUGUCCUAGAGAACAGGACCUUUGCAUACGGGCAUAUUUCUGUACUAAGGGCUAGAGACCCAGGCUAAAUAAGAAAUUGUCCAUCCCUGAAUUCGUGCUGGGGUUUGGGAUUUAUAGAGAUGUUUACCCUGAGAGAAGAGCAGAGUUGGAUGCAUACAUGCACAAGAUGGUGGAUCUGGGUCACAAAUACAGUGGUACCACUUUUUACGAUUACCACCGUUCCUUCUCUGCAAAGGUGGCUGCGGCUCUGGCUCAGUUCAAUUUACGCAUAAAUUGGAACAAGUUGGACACGGAGCUAUUUUGCAGGCCUCAGACCCCCAGCUUGUGCAGUGUGUGCAUCGGCAACGCAUAGCACCAAUUUCUGCUCGAAUUCAGGCAGAAAUUGAACAAAACCAACCGGCUUCUAACUUCCAAAGACCUACUAGAGGAUUAAAAGACAAACUGGGCAGGGAUAUUGUAUUUUUAGGCAAAUCCCAAGUUUGCAAUAAUUUUAACGCGGGCAAUUGUGGUUACAGCUCUUGCAGGUUAAUGCAUGUAUGUUCACACUGUUUCAGGGCCCAUUCCAAGACAAUGUGCCCAAAUAAAGCAUUUCCCAAAACGUAUCUUACGUGCAUGAACCUCAGCUUACUCACCACUUUGUUACAUCUACACCCAUCACGCCAUUUCAGUAACUCCCUCAUAACGGGACUUACUGAGGGAUUUCACACCGGGUUGAUGCAUUUACCUACAGGCACGCUGGAAUGUGACAACCUACUAUCCACAUUAGAUGAUCCACAGUUGGUACACAAACUUAUCAUGACCGAGGUAAACCAAGGGUUUUUGUUGGGCCCAUUCUUUUCACCACCUUUCACAUCUUGGAGAACCAACCCCAUUGGGGUUGUCAUGGGAAAAAACUCACUCAAACCUAGACUGAUCAUUGAUUUAUCAGGACCACAUUCCUCCACAGUCCCCAGCCUAAAGUCACUCAUACGUUCCGAAGAGUUUUCACUACAUUACGCCACUAUCGACCAUGCCAUAGUGGCCAUCAUUAAAGCAGGCACAGGGGCAUGGUUAAGUAAAACUUCCCAUGCACCCUUCCCUUUGGCACCUUCACGGCAUUAAAUGGCAAGGGUUAUAUUAUUUCUUCACCCGUCUCACUUUUGGCUCCAAAAGUAGCCCACGUAGUUUUGACACAUUUGCAGAAGCGUUGUGUUGGUUAUUACUUAAUGUGUGCAAAUUUCCUUUGGUCAUUCAUUAUCUGGAUGAUUUCCUCAUGAUUGAGAACAACACACUCCCCCCAAGUAGUUUGAAACACAUGUUGGCUUUGUUUGAAUCCCCGCACAAGACGUUGGUCCCCGACACCAACAUGCAAUUUUUGGGGAUACAACUAGACACUGUACACAUGCAGGCUAGCCUCCCUCAGGACAAAACUGAGCGUACCCUGGCAAGCAUUGAACACUACCUACUGCAUGGGUGUUGCACCCGGAAAGAACUGCAAUCACUGCUGGGUUCGCUCAACUUUGCAUUGAGGAUCAUUCCACCAGGUAGAUCUUUCAUUUCACAUCUACUAUCCCUAUUUCUUCAAUUCACCUCAGACACUUAACGUAUCACGUUAGACGACCACGCAACCUCUGAUUUACGGAUGUGGUUUUUUUUUCUCACCUCUUGGAACGGGCGAGCCAUGUUUAUACCACCCCACUCUGACGCUUCACCUACACUGUGGACAGAUGCCGCAGCAAACACAGGUUUUGCAGCCAUCUGGGGAGAUCAAUGGCUUUGGGGAUCAAUGGCCAUGGCCGACCGAAGUCAAAUCACUGCCCAAAUUCACUGAGACCUCCGCUUUAUUUGAGCUGUACCCAAUUGUGGCAGCGGCCAUAGCCUGGGGACCACAUUGGUCCGGUCACUUGGUUAGGUGCUACUUGGAUAAUAUGGCUACAUGCCAUAUUGUCAAUAAAGGCCGAUCAGCAUCCCUGGUAAUUAUGAGACGACUCACAUGGGUAGCGGCCACAUGUCAAUUCUUUAUCUCAUGUAUUCACGUUCCGGGGUGCACAAACACUGGUGCUGAUCACUUGUCUCGAUUUCGUUUUCAGGAUUUCUUCACGACACUACCCUCCGCUUCCAGACUGGCAACUCUUGCCCCACUCUUCCGAGACAUGAUAAUGGAUUAAAAGCUUUGUUAGAUCACGCACGUCACAUUUCUCACUUUGGACUUUCAGUAAACACUAGAAACACAUACGACAGGGCUUUUCACGUAAUCAAGAAAUUCAUCACUGAAUUCCACAUCCACGACAUGUUCACGUUAGAAUCAAUACUGGGUUUCACUUCUUUUUGCCACAUCAACCUUAAAUUAGCAUUCAACACUAUAAAAUUGUACCUUACGGGCAUUAGACACCACAUGCUUAUCCAACAACCCAACGCUACAGGUUUCCUGUCCUCCUAUCAAAUUAAGAAACUACUUAAAGGCAUUAAAACAUUGGACGCACACAUUCCCUCACAAAGACUAUCCAUAGACAACAACAUAUUCCAUUCACUAAUCAAUUUAUUAGAUUCUUCUCCUUUCGAACCCAUAACCAAUACCGUAAUAAAGACAGCUAUAUAUUUAGCUUUUUAUGGGUUCCUCCGACCCAACGAAUUCACGACUAGGACCAUUACAACCUCCGACUACCUAAGAACUAUGGACUUGCAAAAACAUAACGACCAUUACUUACUAAUUUUAAAACAAUCUAAAACCAGCACCGUAGGUCAUACUAUUGAAAUCCUCUUGUAUCCUACUAAUAACAAAUGAUGCCCCGUACAAAUUUUUGAUGCUUAUUUACUUUCACUCCACAAACAACCUCUACAACCUUUGCUCGAACUACAUGGAAACAUUCUGACUACAACAAAAUGUAUGCUCUAUGUACGUCUACUGUUGACUAGGCUCUGCCUAAACCCCAAUUAUUUCUCAGGUCAUUCUUUCUGAAUUGGGGCAGCAUCUGCUAAUCACGUACCCACACACAUUAUCAAGGCAAUGGGACGCUGGUAGUCCUCAGCCUACACCCUCUACAUACCUAAUCCUGUUAAAGAAUUAAGACAAGCUUUCUGUGACUUAUCUAAAUAAAUAUAAGUUGGUUAAUUGUAUUACAUCUUAUGGUAUUUUCUUUUUGCCUACUUUUAUUACAGGCCUACUGCUUUGUCGGUUCCGGCACACCACAACCGACUGCUUCCAACUCAUUGAUGAAAUUAUUAUUAUUAUUAUUAUUUAUUAUUAUUAUAAGCUAGAUUUCUGUAUGUGACUGUUGCCCCGACUACAAAUUUGAAGGCUUGGCCUGUAGUUGUGGGAGGGGCUUGAAUUCCCUUUAAAAGGGCUGCCAAUCCACUCCCACCUUACCGUUGCUGGUCUAGCGAGUCACCUCUCCCACCACUCCCUCUAUUCAUAAACGCACUCUAAGGUGGGCCCACUUUUUAUUAUAGGCCUACUGCUUUGUUGGUUCCGGCACACCACAACCGACUGGUUCCAACUCAUUGAUGUUAUCAUUAUUAUAAGCUAUAUUUCUGUAUAUGACUGUUGCCCCGUCUACAAAUAUAUAUUUUAAUUCAUGUUUUAGUGAUGGGCGUUCACAUACAUAAUAAAGCACUUGCAUAUGCCUAUAUUCAGGCAUUCUACAUUAUGACAGGUCAUUGUGGGAUUUUUAAAACAAAAUUGGAGGAGCAGCUCCUACAGACAGACCUCUUUACCUGUAGAGGCUAUAGUGCUCAUUUAAAAAGCACUGCAUUGGUGGAUAGCUGAAAUAUUUAGAGGGAAGUACUGUACACACACACAGUGACCAGUGUCCGAAUACUUUGUAUGUGGACACCAUAUUAAAAUAGAAUCAAUUAUCUUAUGAUUUUCAAUGUUUAAUUGUAUUUUUUUUUUUUUGCUUUUUAUUCUACUUAAAUGGCCACAGAUCCCUUAGCUUGAAAAGUAAGAGCUUGGAUCACAAGCUUGGAAUCCAUGUAAUCUGUGGGUAAUAUAGUAGCUUAGCCAUUAGAAACUUUCAUAGAAUUGUUUUAUAAAGUUGGUAAUUUUGAUCUUGUUUUCAUCCUGUUAAAUCAAACCUGUCUUCCCCACUCCCCUCCGUUUUUGUUUUUUUGCAAUUCUGUAAGUCCUGCAAUUAUAUGAGAUUAAUGGACCCGUUUCUUUUAUUCCUUUUGCUUCUUUUAAUAAUUUAUACCUUCUUAGUGAUCACUGUCCUCGGAGGUACAUCGCCUGGGGAGCCAUGCCACUUCCCCUUCUUAUUCAUGGAGAAGGAAUACACAGAUUGCACGACAGAUGGACGGGAGGAUGGAAGGCUCUGGUGUGCAACCAGCUAUGACUAUAAAAGUGACCACAAUUGGGGCUUCUGUGAAAGUGAGUUUAUUGCUGACAUUGAUGUGCUCAUAUUAAUUUGAGUGUGAACAUGGGAUUUAAUAUUUGGAACUGUGGGAGUGAAUAGAUGUUCUAAUUUUCGUUGUAGAGGGAACUUCAGGUUUAGUUGAAGUCUAAUGUAUACCUUUGCUGGUAAUUUCAUUAACACUAUUUAAAAACUGCAUUUUAAUGUGUUCAUUAAAAGUAAUCCAUACCAACAGAGACCGUUAAGAAGAACGCACAGCCAUCUUGGAUAGUGGAGAGAAUUACUCCCUUUGUACCCAGAAGGGCAAUACCGGGGACUUCUGACUCUCCUACCUAAUGCCUAAGGAGGCUGAUGUUACUGCCAAACGCGUUAUUGUUCAUUUCUUUAUAGUUCUGUGUUAGACUUUAAGUCUCCCAUGCACCCUGGCUCCGUAAGCAUUUGCCUUACAUAUUAACCUACUUGUUCCUCCCUCCCCCUCCCGCAAGCUAGAAUUAACGUGUCAAGUUGCUCCUUUAUUGAAGUACAUGUUUAAUACCAUGUUCAGCCUAAGCCCAGAGCCUUUUUUACAUACCUUCCUGCCACAGUCACAAGCUACGUGACGCUUCGUUAUCACUGGUGCCAUAUGCGCAACACGCAGUCAGCACCUUACUCUAAGUCGCAGGCACACAAAGCCUUGUACCAGUCCCCCUAUUUUACUGUUAGAGCAAUUUAAGAUUGGCACGCAGGGUCUUGCAGUAGAUCUAAAACAUAGGUUGUUAUUAUACUGGUGGCGUGAUUGUUAUACCAUUCUUGUAUUCACUGUUAUUUUUGCUUUCCAGUUGUGAUGUGCUAAGAGAUCAAUGCUGACCACAAAAAAAAAAAAAAAAAAAAGUAAUCCAUACAUUGGUCUAUCCAUUUUGCCAACACGUGUAAAUUCUAAAUUAAAAACCUAGUCGCUCACCUGGCCAGAUGUUGGCCUACCUAUGUAUGCUGAGGGCAUAGCAUGCAUCUGAAAAAUGUACUUGCUUGUGGUUCUACUGCUUUCCUCAUUUAGCAACUACAGUGCAUAUGCUGUUAGCUUCUGCACAUCUUACCAGACCCUUUAUUUUUCUCUUCCAAGUUUCUAAGUAUUUUGUCUCUUCCAUAGCUGAAGAACAAGCCACAAAGAGGCGACAAUUACAUGAAGCUGAAGUCCUUUACCAGUUGGGGAUGAAAAUCCUUAAUGAAAGCAGCAAGCGGUCACAAAAGAAAGAGUAUGUAAUCUGUUGUUGUGUGGGCACAGUUUGUCACUCAGUUUUUUUUUUAUAUCCUGUAUUGUUUGCUAGGUUUUGGGAAUCCUAGCUUAUUUACUGCUGCCAGUUUUUUACUACUAUUGUAUUGAGCGCCUAUUUAUUUAUUUAUUUUUUUUCUUCUACAAUAUGUUACUGUGUCAUGGUGAAAAUUGUUGUCAAUUCUUCUAGAGAGAAAAUAAAAAUGUACCCACAGUGUAAUGAUUUGGAUGUUCUACUUUCCUCAUUAUUACGAAAAGCAUUUUAUUUAUUUUUUUGUUGUUGUUUAUUUUAUUUUUUUAGGGCGUUCCAGUACUUUAUGAAGGCCUCUGAUAUGGACCAUAUAAAAGCAAUGGAAAAAGUGGCCUAUGCCCUACUGUUUGGGGACCCUAUUAAGCAGGAUAUUCAUUUGGCCAAGGAACUUCUGGAGAAACUAACUGAGCAGGGGUCACCAAGAGGCCAAAUGGUACGUUAAUAUUAUUAUUUAUAAAUCGCCAACAAAUUCCCCAGCACUGUAUAAAUUAACUAACAGGUAGUUUCAACAAGACAGGUUGUAUGCACAGGAACAGAAGGUGCUGGGGUCCCUGCCCAAAUGAUCUUGCGUUGCCCACAGCAUCUUCUGUAUGUGCUGUUAUCCCAGAUAUAAUGAAGACCUGAAAAUACAGUUCUGUGAAGCGAGCAUGCCCAAACAUAUUGUUGCAAUUCCAAAACUAUUUAUUUAUUUUUGGAAAUCAGUCUGCACAUUAAAACGUUUUUGUGAGUUGGGCUUCUAGAUAGUAUUGGUUUCACCUACUUUUAUCUUGAAAGCUAAAGUCAACAGUCCUGUUACAAAGUGAGUAAUUAAAAAAAAAAAAAAAAAAAAAAAAGCACAGAAACUCAAUUGACAUUCUGGCUGCCUUCAUAAAAAGGCCAUGAAACAAACCAGGCCAUUUCUUAUUAAUUUAAAAAUUGAACAUAUUGUAAGAAAAGAAAAAAAAAAAAAAUGCAUAAUUUGUUUAAUAUAUUUACCUUUUAAUCAAUAUUUAGUCUCAAUAUGUAAUAGUAAGCACAAUUUUCAUGUCCAUUUUUCUGAUUUACUUUUGUGUGCGAUUUGUCAAAUUUCAGGCUCUGGGAUUCCUGUAUGCUUCUGGUCUGGGUGUCAAUUCCAGUCAAGCGAAGGUAAUUGCCAUUAUUUCUUUGCAUCUAGGUGUAUUUUAUUAUUUGUCUCGCAGUUUCUUGAUAUUUUGUCUCUCUUUAGGCCCUGGUGUAUUAUACAUUUGGAGCCCUUGGAGGAAAUCUGAUUUCCCACAUGAUUUUGGUAAGGUUUAUUUUUUGAACAUGGUGUUUGUUUAUUUAGUAUAACGCUUGUACAGUUAGUUAUACUUUGGUAAUUUAUUUCAGUUAAUAUUGUGCUGUAUGCUGUGACUUGACCCCCAUUUUCCAUUUUGUUUUUUAUUUCAAGGGUUACCGCUACUGGGCUGGUAUUGGAGUGGUACAGAGUUGUGAAUCUGCUCUUACUCAUUAUCGGCUUGUGGCAAACCAUGGUGAGAUAAUCUGGCCAUUUUCCUCUUGCUUUUUACUGUAGGUGCAUGCCGUACUUUCUGACUCUCACUCACAACAUGCAGUGUUCAGUAACCCAAUUGCACAUGCCAUCAGCGAGCAUAGCAAAUGUUUCUUUGAGUUUUAUCUCAAGUGACCACUUUCAAAAGUUUCAUUAAAAAUAAACUCCACUAAUUACUGAAAUACAAUUUUCAGAAACCUUGCUCUCUCUGGUCAUCUGUGGCCAGGUGUCUAUGGGAGAAAAUCCUUUUAGAAAAAAACGCAUUAGAGUAUCCUGUUCACCUCCUUGUCUGGAGAGUGUAAACCGUGGGAAAUAAUUAUAUAUGCAGCAUCUUCAGUGUUUGGAUUUAUUUUAUUUUUUUUGUGGUGUUUAACUUUUUUUUUUUCUUUAAUUUUUUGUAUUUUUUUUUUUUUGUCCUUAAGUUGCCAGUGACAUAUCUCUUACUGGUGGUACCGUGGUACACCGAAUCCGUCUGGCAGAUGAAAUCGAGAAUCCAGGAAUGGGCAGUGGGAUGCUGGAGGAAGAUCUGAUCCAAUAUUACCAGUUCCUGGCAGAGAAGGGUGACAUCCAAGCUCAGGUUGGCACAGUCUCUAUGCAACAGUCAUUGGAAACAUCUAUAUCUGAACACCUUAUAGCUUACUAGGCUGUGGAAAACCUGGGUGUUGUGUUUUUUGCUCUAUCUUCUUAAAGAGCAAAGCCUAGCAAUGGAAUUCAUAGACUGUGUAUUCAGUAAAUAGAAAAAAAAAAUAGAAUUUUUUAUUUUUGUUUUAUCUUAAGGUAAAGAGGUACAGAUAACAGUGAAUACUAAUGUCAAGAGGUAGUCGGUUAGGAUAUACAAUUAAUAUUACAGUAGGAUUAUAUACUUAUAUGAUAUAAGAUUAACUCCAUAAAAGUAUGAAAGAAUGACUGAGGGGGAAAAAAAACUGCAAACCGUUCAAUAUUAAUCAAUAAGUAAAGAUAACUUAACAUUACAUAAUUUUAGUGCAAAAUAGUGUAAAAUUUCUCCAAGACAUAAUUUGUUUAAUAAGUAAUCUGUAACCUCCCCAGGCUCAUUUCUGCAUAAAUUCAUUGACCAUUAGUAGUCCUACAGGUUUACCGGGGUAACAUAUCUCUUCUUUAUUUCAACAUUGCUUGAAAUGUGCUGUUCUGUAAUAUGUGGAAAUCAAUUAAUCAAGGACAAACAAAACUUGUUCACAAAUUAAUUUCAGCUGCUAACAGCCAUUUAAUCUGCUCCCAAACGAUCCUUCUGAGAAUUACAUAUGGAGUCUUAUUCAAUGAAAAAGACUCCAUACGUAUAUCCCAGACAUAUUAGUUUGGACGCAGAUUAAAAGGCAAAUUAUUCAUUCGCAGUAGCUGCACAUAAGUCUAGAACAAAUCCCAAAGCAAGUACACUGACUACUAAUUUUAUUUACUUCCUGAAACAUACAGGGUCUACAUGGUAUCAAUAUUCAUGUGCUGCUCAUCAAUGUGUAGAGGUCUUUGUUCUGUCUCAAAUUUUUUCUUUUUUUUUUUUCUUCAAACAGGUGGGUCUGGGACAACUGCACUUGCACGGAGGGCGUGGUGUGGAGCAAAAUCAUCAGGUAAGUUCACAAGAAAAUAAAGAUUGUCAUGGUUAUUUACUAAACCAGUGGUAGUCAACCUUUGGCACUCCAGAUGUUAUGGACUACGUCAAGCUUGUCAAACUUGUGUGCCACAAUGUGGGCCAGCCCAGAGGCGACUCUCUAAUUAGGCGACCGUCUAAAGUUUCGUGCUGGAGGGGGCACGGUGGCUUGCCCAUUAUGCCGCUGGGUGCAAGGCCUUUUCCUCGGUCUGGCUUGAGAGAGAGUGGAGCACAGCCUUCUGCAUCCCUGCGCCGGAUGCAGGACUGCAUACUGAAGUGUCUUGUUUUUACAGCCAAUUAGAGCAUUGCUGCGGGUUACCACGGCAACGCUCUGACUCUGCUGGAGCAGACACUUACCAUGUGGUCUGCAGCUCAGCACCCAGCGGAGCUGCAUACCAGAUAUACAGGGUAUAGAUUAGGAAAUAAAAAAUAAUAAAAAUGUAUUUGACAGGACACACUGUAACAUUAAUGCCUCUAAUCCCCUCACUCUGCCACACUCACAAUGUCCAUUAACCCCUCUUAAUCCUGUUACCAUAUCAUACCACAUUCACCCCAACCCUGUUAUACUGACCCUCCAACCAUGCCACAUUAACCCCCUAAUCCUGUCACACUUGCCUCGCUUCACCCUGUAACACUCCCUCCUCUAACCCUGUCACACUCACCCUCACUCAUUCUGCCUCAUUCACCCCCCAAACCUGUCUCACUCAAAACAAACUCGCCAUGUCAAACUCACCCGCCCAGUCACUCCUUUACUCAUCCUGUCAGUCACCCCUGAAGACAAUCAUCAUAUACACACACAGACAUAAACACAGCCCCCCCAUAUAUACACUCUUCCAUGGAAUAUACACACACAGACAUAAAACACAGCUUUGCCAUAAACACAGUGCACAAGAGGGGGGGUGUGUGUCUGUCUUUUCAGGGGUGACUGACAGGAUGAGUAAAGGGGUAACUGGCCAGGUGAGUUUGACAUGGCGAGGGAGUGAAAGACAGGUUUGGGGGGUGAGUGAGGCAGAAUGAGUGAAGGUUAUUUUUAUACUGUACUUUUAAAAAACAAACAAAAAAAACUACAUUUCUAUGAAAACUUAAUUUUUUGUUUUAUUGUGGCUCACAUAAACUUAAACCUUGUUUAUUUGGCCUGUGUUAGUCUUUGAGUAGUUUGACAUACUUAGACUAAAUCUUCCAUAAUGCUGACAAAGCAUCAGGUGAGAUGUAGUCCACACCAUCUGGAGUGCUGUAGAUUGCUUAUCCCUACACUAAAUCAUGAAUUUGAAGGAAUCUGGAAAUAUGCAAAUUGUAGAAACAAUUACUACAUAAUCCUGCAAUUUUGCCUCUAAAAAUAUCCUAAUAAUUUAAAUAAAGACAAUGACACUGCAGGUCACUUGCGACAAAUUUAGUACAGUAAGGUUAUUUGGUUUCACUUUCAAUUUAAAGGUUUAGAAUGAUCAGAAACCAAAAACGUGUAAAGCGCUUAAGAAUUCCAAAAUUAUAAAUAGUGCACAAAUCCAUACGAUUACAGCAACUCACCAAAAGUGACAAACAAAUGACACACAAAGUUUAGUACACCAAUAAACCGUACGCUUAAAUUGUGUAAAACAUAGAAUCUUCAGAAUGUUCUGCAAAAUAUAUUUAUACUACAGGACCGUUGAAUGCUUCAAUCUGGUUGACAAAAGUUCUGGUUUGACAAAGGUGUGCAUUAUUUUCAGGGAGAUGCACGGCUAAAGUAGUUCCAGACAGGUCUUCACCGCAUUACAGUUGCAUAAGAAAUUAGGGGUCCUAAAUAAUGACAAAAACUUGACAAACUUCUUGAAAUACAUCAUCUGAACAAUGUUUUGAGGUGUGGUAACUGUAGUAUAAGUGGAAUAAUUGACUCCAGGCCGCUGAAUUAUUAGAAAAAAAUAAUGCGCACCUGAGGUGUAACGGCCACUCCACUUUGCGUCGUGAUCGCAUUACCCCCUCGGGUGUGCAUUAUUUUUCUAAUAAUUCAACGGCCUGUCGUCACUUAUUCCAUAUAUUAUAUAAUAUAAUAUAAUUAGUGCAGACCAUCUGCUUAAGCGUGUGUAUAUAUACAUAAUCUAAAGUGCAGGGAGUGUCUGGAAAUAAACUCACAUUUACCACAGCAUAGUUACCCCUGGCUCUGGGUCUAAAAUAAAUGCAGCCUGAGAGGGACACUUCCCACUAAAGGAUAAUUAGACAGGAUUGAUUAUUUUCAGCUAUGCCAGACAGGUUCUUCUAUAUAAGUAGGAGACAAGCAGAGAGGCCAGGACCCCAACUGAUCCAAAUCUUUAUUAUAAUGAACAAAGAUUAAAAACUCUUGCUUAAAUCGUGGUGGGUAUUACCAGCAAUUUACCCACAACAGAGUAUGCAAAACAAGCGGAUGCCAAUGUUCAGCGAUCACUUCCGGGUUCUACCAUAAUUCAAGCGUGUGGCUUCCUGGUCUGCUUCUUACGAAAAUGACUUUGUUGUUUAUCUACUAAAAUUAAACAAAUUAGGGAGUGUUUCUUUAAGCAACACCGGCCUGUUUUAUAGGAAAACGCUCAACUAGCAGAGAUGUUAAAACAUACAUCACAUUACUUGGAAGCAGAAGAUUGUCAGAAAAUGGUGCAGUUAUCAUGUUUUCUAAUUUUUCUUACAGAGAGCGUUUGAAUACUUCAAUCAAGCAGCCAACGCCGGGAACUCGCAUGCAAUGGCUUUCUUGGGAAAGGUAUGUCACUAGUCAUGUGACGCAUUCUGGACAGUACUCGUUGGUCAUUGUUUGUCAUACAUAAAGCAUUUUACGGUGUUUGUGGGAAGUUUCAAUUCCUGAUGCCCUAAUGGAAGAUUUUCAUUUGAUGUUUAGAUGUACUCCGAAGGAAGUGACUCUGUGAUGCAGAGCAAUGAAACCGCACUGCAAUACUUCAAGAAAGCCGCAGACAUGGUAAUGGUGAUGCUUAUUUUGAUUUAUGUGAUUGCUUUGAUAUCCAUUCUUCUUGAUUUUGUUGAUAUAAUCAGGUAGUGGGGCACUGGAACAAAUUAUUGUUUUUUAGUGCAGACCUCAUUGCAUCUUCAAAUCACAAAUACACCAAGUGUUUGGUUUUUUUUUUUUCUAUAAUAAAGAUUCUCUCAUUAUGUCAAUAUACGUAUGUUACAAUGUAUACACAUUAUUGAUUGUUGGUAUGUUGACUAAUUUGUACAAUUUUGUUAUUCUUUUUUAAAAUCAUAAGUAUUCGAAAAUAGUAACCAGAUUUAUGCUUUUAGUGUACCUUUGCCUUCCCAAAUCCCAAUGUGGGUAAGGGUUUCACCUACAGAUAUCAAUGGGACUUGAGGGAAAAUGGCUUACUACCUAAUGUACAAAUGCAGAAAAUAUCUUCUAAAAUCAAUGUGAUACCAAAUAGACAUAAAUGGAGAAUAUGGGAACUCUGAGAACGGACAAAAGCUUAGAGGUACUCAGUAUCUAUUGAGACCUGAGCAGGGAUUUACCGAAGGGCAAACAGACUUAUUUUAGUUUCAUAUUUUUUUGUUUUUGUUGCAACGCAUUAACUUCUCUCCCAAUUUAAAAGGGUAAUCCAGACGUGGACCACUGUGCCUAGAGCGGUAUCAGCUACACCUCACUGUCGAGGCCCAAAGAAUGCUGAAAUGAUCGUCUGAGGUUGCUGUACCUCUCGUGCAGAGGGAACUUGCUUGCAUUUUGGUUUUGGACUGUCCUUAUGGGUGGGAUCAUUCUCUCUUUAAGGGCACAAGUGAGCAAAAACUAUUUUGAAACCGGAGUGUGGAUUUGUCGAAGGGCAAGCUUUGGAGUUUCUCUAAGCUUUUGUCCAUUCUCAGUUCUCAUAAUCUUUAUUUUUGUUGCAAUGCAUCAACUUGCUCUUACCAAAUAAAUACAUACUGAAAAUCUUUGCAGGUACAGCUAGCCUGCAACUAUGAAAACAUUGCAGCUGGCAGUCCACAUUAAGGCUUUUAUAGCUUUGGUUGAUGCUCCUAGCUCGCAGUGAUCAAGUAAAAGAAUAAUUCCAAAGGCUUUUCCAACCCAUAGCAAGGCAAAGCAGAGUGUUCCUUGAGGCAUUAGAUGACUGCCCCUUGAUUCCAUCCAAGUUCUUGAAAGAGAUUUGUAGUCUAUCACGGCAUUGAACCAAUGAGAGUUAGCUGGUAGUUGCCUCAAACUGACUACAGAGGGUAGGAUACAUGCUCCUAAACAUUUGGUACAUUUGUUUCUUUAAUGAGUAGUUUGUGUAUGGUAUCCUGACACUAGGUGGCAGUAUAACACCAACUAAAGUUUUAAAUAAUUGUUUUAUGUUUAGGGAAAUCCUGUUGGACAGAGUGGUCUGGGCAUGGCUUAUCUCUAUGGCAGGGGAGUUCCUGUUGUAAGUAUUGUUUUUGACCUGUCUCACCAAUGUUCCGAUUUAUUUAUUUGCUGUUGCAUGACCUAUUAAACCUUGAAUGUGUGUACUAUUUCUCUGCUAACAGGAUAUUUAUAAUUUCUCCUUUUACAGGACUAUGACAUGGCUUUGAAAUAUUUCCAGAAAGCAGCAGAACAGGGUUGGGUGGAUGGUCAGCUUCAGCUUGGUUCCAUGUACUACAGUAAGUGGCAUGCUUGUCUGCUGCGGCAACAGACUUAUUCUUUAGAACAACUUUAUACCUUGUGAGGAACAACAGGGAGCUGCAUCCUGAGUGAAGGCAGAGAUUUAUAAAUGGCAACAUGUUGGUUAAUAAGCUGAUGACCUCUCUGUGGCAGUUUGACAGUAUUAUAUUAACUCUGUGUCCUGGAUAAGUGGACAGUGGCUGGGAAAACCGGAAAUAUGACUACCCUGUAUAACACAGAAAGCAUGGCUGUAAUCCAGUGAGGUCCGAGUGUAUGUCUGUUUGGCUAUAUUACCUUUGUCGUAUAAAGGAUGUCAUGACUAUAUAAACUUGGACUGUCCAAUUUACAGAUGGAGUUGGAGUGAAGAGAGAUUACAAGCAAGCCCUUAAAUAUUUUAACCUGGCUUCCCAAGGUGGCCAUAUUUUGGCCUUCUACAAUCUUGCACAGAUGCAUGCCACAGGGACUGGUGUGAUGAGGUCCUGCCACACUGCAGUGGAGGUAAGUGGCCCUUUUUAUAAUUAACACAUUACACUUGUCUGUUUUCUGCUAAGAAUGUUUUUGCAUUUGUCCAUGUCAGAGUAGUAAAUACACUUGCAUGUAACAGUUUAGCCACAGUCCCUAAUCCAAAACAAGAACUGCCUUUAAGUGAAAUUAUUCUGUAAUCUCUGUCCAAACCAUCUGCUCGUUGAUGGUGUUUAAAAUGGUUAAAAUUCCUGAAUAUUAAUAGAUUUCAUAGAAUAUUUCAUAGUGAGACAUGUUCAGAUAUUUAUUUAAAGGGAUACUAUAGGUACCAAAACAUAUUUAGCUUAAUGAAGCAGUUUGGGUGUAUAUAUCAUGCCCACUCACUGUUCAGUUCUCUGCCGUUUAGUUAAAUCACUUUGUUUAUACAAGCUUGCACAUCCUUCCUACACACUUUUUUAAAUUGCACAUUCUCUUUACUUUAGAAUGUAUCUCCUGUUCUGUUAUUACAAUUCUAGACCCUGCAGGAGGCCCCCUGUGUAUUAAAUUUUCAGAGCAGGAGAUAAAAACUGCUAAAGUAAGUUGAGAUCUGAUUAAAAAUAAAACCAUGCAGGCUUUAUCAACCGCAGCUAGGGGAAGUUGUGGCUAGGGCUGCAGAAACAAACCUAAUUUAACUCCUAAUUGGCAGAAAAGUGAGCCGUGAGACUGCAGGAGUGUAACGGCACCCCCAGGCAUAAAAGGGUUAAACCGCCGUUUAGUUUUAGGGUUGUUGUACUGGGACAUUCGUUGCCCCAACUUUUAAAUCCACGGAAUGAUGUCUACUGUAGCUGUCCAUCUGGCUGUGGGAACGAUCCCGCCACUUGCCACCAAUUGUAAAUGCACCCCCAGGCAUAAAAGGGGUAACCGCCGUUUAGUAGAUCUUCCCCUUCCAGAGACACAGGCACAGCUACUGCAGAACCCCAAACUCCCGAACAGGAUACCAAGUAGCACUCCAAACUCCCGAACUGGAACCUCACGAAUAGCUGCUAGCAGCUGAACAGAAAAAGCACUCCUGUCAAUCAGUCUCUAACAGCAUACAGUAAAUCCCCCCCCAAAAAACGAGACAAAGCUCAGUGUUGAGGGUCAAGCAGUGAACAGACAGAGCUGUGGGUGUAUUGUUUUUAUAUACACAUUAGUACCACCCACAAGGUUUUGGAAAACAACCAAUAAACACAUACAAUACACUCAGACACUCCCACGCAAAAUCCGCCCCUCUGCCUCUGAUACAAUUACCUUACACAAUGGGUAAUGUAAUUAUCACCGGCAGAGAAAUAGUUUUUCCACAUUAUUCAUAACUUUAAAAGUAUGCAUUACAUUUUAAGAAUCAGCAUACUCCAAAUAUGAACAGAUGUCAAAAUCAUCCAAAUUGGUCCAGUGGUUCAAAAGAUAGAUCAAAGUCCUUUGUGACCAAAUGAAGCAUGGCUUUUCUGCCCAAAACCAGUUCCACAGAGUCUUCUAUCCUGGAGAUAAUUGGGAAGUAACCCAAUUAUCUCCAAAGACAGAGGCAAAACUCCAUUAAGCACAUGGCAGCAAAAGACAAUAAAAUACACACGGUUACAUUUAUGACAUAAAAUACAGACCUGCAACAUAUGCCCAGAUAGCUUAGGUCUGAGCGCACAUUAAUACUGAAUGGCGCUCAGACCACACACACAUACAGUUCAAUUACCAUGGAGCCAAAGUCUUUUAUUACACGAAUAGGCUCCAUGGCAUAGCUAUCUGGGUUAUAUGAGUUCAUUCAGUAAAUCCGAGAAUCUACCGAACGCCAGGGCAGAAAACCUGAAUAGACCUUUCUGCAUAGGAAAAUAAAGUCUUUAAAUGCCGGUCCAUAGUCAAAAGGCGGCAGGCAGGCAGGCAGCGAGGCUCCUCCAAUGCAUAGUGGCGAGAUUGGUCUCGUCACAAGGAGCAUGAUUGAUACACUAAAGUGGCUCUGUCAUGACUGAAUCCCGUUGUUUUUUGUUUUUUUUUUUUUAACCCCCUCCCGACUCCACUACAUCUAACUGACCCCCUAGUCACCCCCAAACCCUCCAUAUUCUCUAUUUUUUAACUUUAUUUUCUGCCCCGAUCUAUAUUCAUGGCGCUGCCAUCUUCGUGUGGGUAGAUGAAGUCCCUGUGGGACACCUCAUCUGCCCACACUAGAUAGCACUAUAAAAAGUUAAACACUUGGACAUGCGAAUGGGAAUUUUAUCUAUUCAUUCGUCAGAAAGACAAAUGAAUGAAUGAAUAGAAAUUUCAGACGGACAAACAAACACUGUGUUCGUUUCUUCGUUCAGUUUAUUACAAGGAGGGAGUUACUGGAGCGCAGCUCCCUCCUUGUAAUAUGUAAAGAUAGAAGCGGCAGACAGCAGUGCUCCCUGCCACUUCCUAAGCCCCCCAGGUCCUCCCUCACUCUAUGGGGGUCAAUAUGACCCCCAUAAUAGCAUAAAAUCUCCCGAAUGCCCCUACUCGCUAUACUGCGUAUGGGUCCUACUAACCCUACUAUCCAGCCCCACACCCCUGAGCGGUGGGGGGGGGAACCUAUUGUCCUCACAAACCCCUGCGCGGCGGGUGGGGGCCCUAAAUAACAAUAAGGGGGGGAGGGAGACCUGGGGGGUGGGAGGCGGGGACCGCAGGGUGGGGGCCGGGGGGAGGACAGUAGGUCCCUCACAUUUAGGGCUCCCAACCCUAAAGAGGCCGAGGGGGGCUCUAGCUCCCCCUUCCGUUUAAUGUGUUGUUUUUUUAUUUUUAUUUACUAGACAUGCCCCUACUCGCGGUAUAGCAAGUAGGGGCUGAAUUUACUAAUACUAAGUAAUCUUUACUUAGUAUUAGAAAAUGUGGCUGAAAGACCAAUUAAGGGCUUUCAGCCUUUUCUAGUAAAUAAUAAAAUAAAAAAUACUGUGGGAAUUAUCUACUAAGAGGCUGCAAGGAAUAGGAUCGGAGUUUCAUUCAUUCGAAUGAAACUCCGAUCCGAACAAAGUGCCGAAUUGCGUCCUGACACGAAUGGAGAAACUGUUCUCAUUCUGUUAGGAUGCAAUUCGGCAGUUUUGCCAGCGUUCUGUCUAGGUGACAGGACGUUUAGCAAUACUGACAGGAAGCAUCGCGGGAACUGGGAGGAAAGCUAAGAAUUGAGGGAAAAUGUAUCUGACCACUGGAAACUAAGCACAGUUUGCUCCUCUGCUGGUCAUGGUGUAGUAAACCUCCAGAAGGGAAAUAGUCCCUACUUUGUCUUAUGAUUUAAAGAAAACUAGAGCAAACAGGAAGAAAUGAAGAACAGAUCCUGAGAGAGAGAAGAGGAAUCGAUUGGGGAAAGGUAAGUUCGGUAUGACAGUGCCGCUUUAAGCCAGAUAUGUUUUGAUACCUCUAGUGUUCCUUUUAAAGUUUAAAUGUGUAUGAAUCACUGUUUUAUUUAAUUGCAAAAGGGGAAAAACAUGCAGACCAAGCACAUUCUCAAAUGGAUGUAUCGAGGACUUCAACUUAGUACAAAAUAUUUUCAACUCUUGACUGCUCAGUUUAGAACCUUAUUUAGAUUAAUAAUAGUAGGAAACUGAUAUUUAGGUACAAAUUACCCUGUAAUAGGAUUGCUAGUCUUAGAAGCAUGAUAUUUAACUAUACUGUAAUUAUAUAAAUAUAUACACUUUUUACAAUAUUUUAGAUCAGAUGGUCUGAAAUAAAAAAAUAAAAAAUAUUCCUCUUGUGGAUGGAAGUAAACUUUACAUUUAAAGAUUAGUUGCAAUUUAUUUAGAAAGAGGUAGAAGUACUAAAAGUGCAGUCGGCAUGGACAUCGGUAGAAUGUUGUGUUAAUUGCUUUACUUUUAAGCAUGGGCCCACAAAAGCAAUUUAGUUUAGCUUUUCCAGACAUAAUAUUCCAAACCAUGACACUAAUCGGUUUUUGUUUUUACAAAAUUUAAACAGGUGAAAUUUUAUCUGUAUACCAUAUACCAAAAUAAACAAAUAGCAACUCUUGUUGGAAUAGUAACUUGUGCUCCAACUGCCUGUUAAUUUGUGAUGCGCUAGGGUAGAGGGAAAAAAAAAAUGACGUUUAUGUUAAAGGAAUACUACAAGCACAAUAAACACUACAGCGUGGUUUUGUGGUUAUGGUGUCAGGAGUGCCCGAGCUAUUACCAUGUAAGCUCUCAAACCAUUGUCUAGCAGUUUGCCUACAUUUUACCUAGGGCCACUGGCACCAGCCCUGCCUCCUCACAGUUCGAAGCAAGAACCAAAAGCUCCUGGUAGGAGCUUCCAUUAGCUGUCCUGAGUUAAGCCCUGCUGUGCCUGGCCAACUCAUUGACUGACAUUGUCAUCUGAUCUUUCUUAUCCAGUGAUCUAAGCCCUGCACUUGUUAUAAUUAGCUCAGAGCUGAGCGCUUCUGGCUGUGAAGCAUUGAAGACUGGUGCCCAGUUGACUGCAGGUAAGCAGUCGGACUGGUGUAAAAUUGUUUGACUACUUACAUUGGGUGAUGCCACAGCAUUCCAGGCUUCAUAAGCACUAUAGCAUGUGGUGGUUUUCAUAAGUACUUUGAAAAAUAACUUUUGCUACUCUAAAUUUUAGUGGUGCUCUUCUGUUUUUAUGUGCUGGUUCAGAAUUUUCUCAGGUUUUAGAGGUGGUAGAUAACUGAAGUCUUUAUUAAUUUUCCAAGCUCUUUAAGAAUGUCUGUGAACGUGGACGCUGGUCGGAGAGGCUGAUGACGGCUUACAACAGCUAUAAGAAUGGAAAUGCCAAUACUGCUGUUGUGCAAUACUUACUACUAGCAGAGCAGGGGUACGAGGUGGCCCAAAGCAAUGCAGCAUUUAUCCUGGAUCAGAGUAAGGAACCAACCCUGUUUCUGGUUGAGGGAGGGGGGGGGGAGGGAGUGUGGGUGUUUUUUUUUUUUGGUUUUUUUUAAAUAGACCUCACCUGGCAAUAACCCUUAUUGAAUACAUUGUUUGCAGGCUAUUCACUAAAUUUUGAAAUGAUUCAAAUUGCAAAAAUAAUGGAGUUUAGCUAAAGGGACAUUAUAAUUCCCAAAACAACUUUAGCUUAAUGAAGCAGUUUUUAUGUAUAGAUCAUGCCUCUGAAGUUGCGAUGCUCAGUUCACUGGCACUUAGAAGUUAAAUUACUUUUGUUUCUGUUUAUGCAGCCAUAGACACCCCUCCCUGACUGUGACUGGCACAGCCUGCAUGAAAAUAAAAUGGUUUCAUUUUCAAUCAGAUGCAACGGCUUUAUAAAUGGAACUUUAAUCACAUACAGGAGGCACUGGCAGGGUCUAGCAAGCUAUUAACAGAGCAGGAUAUAAUAAAUUCUAAAUUAAACAGAAUUUUCAAUAAAGGAAGUGUUUAGGAAGGCUGUGCCAGUAACAUUCAAGGAGGUGUGGCUAGGGCUGCAUAACUAAAGUGAUUUAACUCCUAAAUGGCAGAGGAAUCAGUGGUGAGACUGCAGAUGCAUCAUUUAUCCACCAAAACUGCUUCAUUAAGCUAAAUUUGUUUUGUAUCCCUUUAAUAGCAAUAUUGGUUUUAAUGGUCAGCAAAAACAGUACAUUUAGAGUUAAACCGCAAUGUAACUUUUUUUACUUAUCAACAAUUUCUAACACUGUUGUUUUCCUUGCUAUAUUUUAAGGGACACCCAGAACCUUAAAGCACUUUAGCUUGCUGAAAAGCUUUGUGUAAAGAGUUUGUGCUGCUGCUUUUUUUUUUUUUUGCAAAACGUGCAGAUUUUCAUGGAAAUUACACUUUUAUAAAUUAACCUGGUUAUAGCACCCUGGAUUUCAAGCACAAAACAGGUCCUGUUACUUCAUAGUUUGGUUAACUCAGUUGAACUGAUCACCUGCAUUGCAAAGACUUCUCAUUGAAUUGCAUUGGGAAGUCUGUGAUUGGACAGCCACAGAAAUUCUGGGCGGGGCUAAUAAGGGAGGGCUUGCAAAGACAGCAGACAAGAGAAAUGCAGGUUUUGUAAGCGCAUCCCUUUUCAAGCCAUGACCCCAAUAAAAAAAUAAAUAUAUAUAUAUAUAUAUAUAUAUAUAUAUAUAUAUAUAUAUAUAUAUAUAUAUAUAUAUAUAUAUAUAUAUAUAUAUAUAUAUAUAUAUACAUGCAUGUUGUCCUUUGGGGUAUAUUUAGUAAUCAGCUAUUCAUUUAUUUUGUAUUUGGCAGUGGAGUGUCCCUUUAAUCAAUAAAUCCGUAGCACAGCUUUGAUAAGGUAUUUUUAGAUCAAGAUAUCAUGAAAAGUGUAGAGCUUUGCAGAACAAUGUAACUGUGGCAUAUUGGGGUACACAUGCUAACUGCCAUUGUAAAAACACAUUUGCAUUGAUAGUGUCCCACUUAACAGUAAAUAAAGUUAAAGGACCACUAUAGUGCCAGGAAAACAUACUCGUUUUCCUGGCACUAUAGUGCCCUGAGGGUCCCCCACCCUCAGGGACCCCCUCCCGCCCGGCUUUGGAAGGGGGAAAGGGUUAAAAACUUACCUUUUUCCAGCGCUGGGCGGGGAGCUCUCCUCCUCCUCUCCGCCUCCGAUCCUCCCCGCCGGCUGAAUGCGCACGCGCGGCAAGAGCUGCGCGCGCAUUCAGCCCGUCGCAUAGGAAAGCAUUUACAAUGCUUUCCUAUGGACGCUUGCGUGCUCUCACUGUGAAAAUCACAGUGAGAAGCACGCAAGCGCCUCUAGUGGCUGUCAAUGAGACAGCCACUAGAGGAUUAGUGGGAAGGCUUAACCCAUUCAUAAUUAUAGCAGUUUUUCUGAAACUGCUAUAAUUAUGAAAAAAUGGGUUAACCCUAGCUGGACCUGGCACCCAGACCACUUCAUUAAGCUGAAGUGGUCUGAGUGCCUAGAGUGGUCCUUUAAUAAGCUAUCAGGUGAUGAGUCAUAUUUUAAAAUGUUAGGCAAUUAUAGAGCCUGAGUGUUUGAGAAACCUUUGGUUAUUUUGAUAGCUUAUCUAUGAGAACCAGCAGCCCUUUGCACAUUGAUAUUUUGAUAGGGGAGGGGAGUAUUUCUCAUAAACAUUUUUCCUCUCCUAACUUGGAGAAGUAAUGCAAAUAACUUAAUUUUUAGUUCCGUUCAUCACAUUUGUUCAUAGAAAUGUUAACAUACUUGCUUCUCUUCUAGAAUGAUUCAGUAAACCAAAGGGAAACCAGGCAUGUCUGUGUACAAAUGUACAAAUGAUUCUGUAUCCAUGCCAGUGUCUUAGAAGCUUAUCAGGUUCGGCUUUGUUGUUGAAGUCGGCAAUACUGUUUAAAAGGACAAUCUGCAUAACAAACAAACACAUCCGAUAAAAAGAUCUGCUUAGAGGUUUAAUAUCUGCACGUGCAAUCUAGACUUUUAGUGUGUUGGGUAACAACCUAUGCAUGAGUACAGUUUCAUACCCUUCAUCUCUUUGCAGAAGAAGCUGGCGUCGUUGGUGAGAAUGAGACACUUCCCAGGGCUUUGCUUCACUGGAACCGGGCAGCAUCUCAAGGUCUGUGUUCACUUUAUACCAGCUUAGAGAAUCAGUAACCCCUAAAAGAAAAAGUAUAUUCUUCCAGUCAGUACAUAAAAAUAUACAGCCAUUGUACCAUUCUUUUUGUAGAAAGUACUAAAGUAAAAUGUAAAACAAACAGCUGAUUUUUUUUUUUCUUUCCUCUUCCCUUCUCAUUGUCUACAGCAUUCUUGUGGACGUUAAAGGGUUAUGCACAAAGGAAUGAAAAAAAAGUUUCUCAAACCUAUAAUUCUUGAUUAAAACGUAACAUUUAAUAAACCAGUUAAAGUAAAUAAGUGUAUAUUCAAAUUUAUAUGGGGUGAUAUAAGCAGCACCAGAUAAAGUAUUAAUAUGGGUAAAGAACUUGAGAAAAAAAAUAUGGUGGUGGGAGGGGGGGAAUAAAACUAUAAGGAAUUAUAGUGUCUAUGGUUAUUACAUUUCACUUUGGUAAGCAGCCUUAGUAUCAUGGGUAGUACUUUAACUGAAUUAUUAAAUGUUAAGUUUUACUUGACAGUUUUCAUUCUUUUGUGCAUUAAUAACCCCUUUACUGCUCACUUAAUGCUUCCCUAGCCUUUUGUGUUCAUGUUAAAGGGUCAAACCCAAUACCUUUUUUGGUUUCAGUCACCCCAUUUCCAAAUGCACAAAUAAAAUAAAGAAUGUAAACUUAUCCUUUUUCAAUCGUGAAGGCCAAGUUCUCCCCUUAGUCUGAUCUUGCUUGUCUGAUAUUUCUCCCUCACCAAUGGAGAGAGCAGACUGAGGGUAGGACAGGGGCUGCAAAGGAGACAUGCUGCCAUUGGCUGUUUGAUGCCAGAUCCCAAUUUUGCACAUAAUUGAUAUUUUCCAGCCAAGAACUCUAGUUCCUAGCUUUAUAAUGCCUCCUAAUAACGCUGCAGUAGAUGGAGUUACACAGAUCAAUCCCUGUACUGAAAUGCAGCACAUGCAGAUUCCAGGCACUAUGACCACUUCAAAUCAUUAAGUAAUUAUUUAAGCAGAAAAUCAAGACAUUGUUUAACAAACUGCCUGGGAAAAUAUAAAGUAUACUAUGUACCAACUUGUCAUGGCAAAAUAAGAGCGGAAAUGCACACCUUGUAUAUUGUCAUUACAAGUUGUAACAGAGUAUUACAGUUUUCAGUUGUUUAAAUACAGGUUGGAUUUAUUAAAUAUUGAUCAUAUAGCUGUGAUAAGGUGUAGGUGAGAUGAACAAGGCAAUGUUUCUUAUUAUCUGUGUAGUGCAAUUGUCUAAUAACUGGAAUGUAUAUUGUUUAGGAUACACUAUGGCAAGAAUCAAGCUAGGGGAUUACCAUUUCUAUGGCUAUGGGACAGAUGUGGACUAUGAAACUGCAUUUAUUCACUAUCGCCUGGCAUCUGAGCAACAACACAGUGCGCAAGCCAUGUUUAACCUGGGAUACAUGCAUGAAAGGGGACUGGGCAUCAAGCAGGUAAACACAUGUUGGCUUAGUACUAACCAACAAAAGGUUAAAUAUGGGGAUACAUGUAUUAGGUAUCGAUGGGCAUCAAUCAGGUCAGUGCAUAGGAUUAUCAAUACUUCUUUACAAUCAUUGAUUACAUAAUCUUAGAGCUACGCUUUUUUCCCCCCCUCCUCCUCAAAGUUUUCUUUUUCAGACAAAUGCCAUCAAAACACAAUGUUCCUACUCCCUCUGUUAUGGAAAUAACAAAACUUAUACAAGUUACGAUAUGUUGAUUUCUAUAGAAUUUGUGAUACCUAGGAAAUAAUAAUCAGAGCAAUAAUAAUCAGAGCUCUGAAAACUGUGUUCAUAUGGGUUGCAAAAAGAUUUACUGCAUAACCCAGCCAAUAACAAAGUUAAUGUGCAUGUGUAGGAUUGAGAAGCAGGUUUUGACCAGAGCUGAAGGAAAAACAUUAAUGUGCCUGAUAGGCACAUCUUAAUUAUUCAAAAAUUGCUUACCUAUAAUAUAUGCAUUUCUUAAUAUUACAGUCACUGGAAAGUAAAUAUAGUUUAUAACUGAAGCAGCAAGGGUUGAUUUUUACUGUUGGCCACAGAGGCUUUUCCCCUAAAGUCACUGAAUGUUGACAUUGUGCUUGCAAGACUUUGUGGUGCUUGUCUCUGACUCCUUUUACUCACCAGAUUUGAGGUCAGAAAUUUUUUUUUUUAAAUGUUCUGACUGAAUAUUCUUUUAACAGGAUAUCCACCUUGCCAAACGAUUCUAUGAUAUGGCUGCUGAAGCCAGUCCUGAUGCGCAGGUACCAGUCUUCCUCGCUCUGUGUAAACUAGGCAUCCUGUAUGCACUUCAAUAUCUGAAAGAACUAAACGUAAGUCUGAUAUAGAGGCUAUAUGUAGGGUUACAGCUGGUGUCUCUGGCUCUUUCACAAUAUUUUUAGUGUUACAGCUAGUUCGUUCCUAGUUCGUUUUUUUUUUUUUUUUUUAUAUAUAAACACACACAGCAUUUAACAUAUUAAACUCUUGAGAUACUGAAAGUGUUUUGCAGUUCAUUGAAAAUGUAACAUUCUUUAUAUAUGAAAUGGAUGAAAGAUGGGCAAUAUGUCAAUUAUAUUAUGUUUCAGGGACAGUCCUUCUGGGAUAAGAAGGUGCUAAACAGUAUUUAAAGGUGUGGCAUCGUAGUAAACUUACACAAAAAAAUAUCCACUUAUUCUCCAACUAUUAUACAUUAAAGUUUGAAUCUUCAAAACAUGUUGUAGAUUGAUAUAGCCAGCUUCAGUGGGCAAUAUGUUUUUGUGUCUUUCAUCAGAUCUUUUAAUCUGAUUUUGUGUUCUUUCUCCUGUCAGGUUAAGGAAAUGUUCUCCCAAGUAGACAUGGACCAGUUACUGGGGCCAGAAUGGGACUUGUAUCUCAUGACUAUUAUUGCUCUGCUACUUGGGACAGUCAUAGCUUAUCGGCAAAGGCAACCACAGGUUGUACCGAGACCCCCACCACCUCCUCAACGACCUGUACCACAAGACCCAGAAGCACAAGAACACCCCCAGCAGCCACAGGAUGCUCAGCAACUGCAGUGAUGGCAUGUGGCUUUUUGAAACAUUACGUGACUUUCUCAAAGGCUUCCAGGGAACCAGAUCUGGCUUUGUCCAGCAUUUUUUCCAGAACGAUUCAUAACCACUUAGUCCUGCUAAGUGACUUCUGAAACUAAGCACGAAUUUUUUUUUUUACAUUUUUUUUUUUUUAAAUAAAAUUUUCUUUAAUUUACUAUCCAUGUAUCUGAACACAGUGUGUAAGGGACUCCAUUAUUUAUAAAAAGACUUUUGGUGUUUGCUUACAGCAACCAACCAUUACUGAGAAAAAUGUCUCACUGUAAAUUUCCAGGCAGGAUAUUCUUUUCCCCCUAUAUGAUGGGUGAAAUGUAGAUUUUUUUUCAACAGAGCGUAAAAUGUGAAUGGCCCUGUAUUACAUUGGCUUCUCACCUCUUACUGUAAGUUCCGUUAUUUUCACUAUACUAUUUAUUGAAAAGCACAUGAAGGGCAUUCAUGUGUGCAUAAAUGAAAAUUCUCUAGUUUGCAUCCUUCAACAUAAUCAUAAAUUGUAAGUUCCCCCAACUGAUUUGGAAUAUAAAACUUUCAUAUAGUUGCAGUUCUGGUUUUAUUAAUUUCCCAGUAAAGGAAGAAUUUUACUUUGCUUGGCUUUCAGUUACAGAGUUGCUAACCCCGUAAUUAUUGGAUGUUUCAGCAGCAUGUUUGUUUCUGAGCCAAAUUAAUUCUGAAAACACUGAUAGUAGGCCAUGUCAGAGCAAGACCACCGGAUACAUUUCACAAUAUAGAUGCUACAAGCAAUGGGCAGGUGUGUCACCUUGUGUUUAGUUUAAUACAGAAAACAAAGUGUUUCCUUUGGAGCAGAAUGAACUAUAAUUUUUGUUUUGAGAAAGGGAGUUGUGCACUACAGUGAUUCAUUCUCUUACACAGACCUGUUCAAUGCUAAAUAUGCCACGUUGCACCCUGGCAUGGAAGACUUGACUCCUAGGAACAUCUGUGGGUAUCAUGCGUGGACCUCCUAGCUUAAGGGAGAACUGUUUUUAUAGAUAAUUUGGGGUGGGGGGGAUACAGUAUGGGAUGGCAGGGAGUCAGCAGAAAAUGUAAAUUAUGACCUCGGCUUGUGAGUUUUAUUUAAGUAAUAAAAUAUGAAAAAUGAAACAA